AUGUCUGGGUACUAUGGUCCUUCUUUUUACAACAAAUCGUCCAGACCCCCAUCUCUAGCAGCAUCGAGAGCGAACUCAUCUUAUCGAGUGGCUCAAAGUGCGCCAGUGACACCUCGAAAUGGAUCGGUAACGACACCUCGAAACGGCUCCAUCCCCAAUACCAUCGCCGGCUCCACUGCCGCUCAGACCGCUGCCAACACCGCUGCCAAUACUGCUCCUCAUACCAGGCCUUCAACACCCGGCUUUCUGUCAAGAGUGAACAGUAAGCUCGAGAAUGACGAUGCUUCUAUGAACUCUGAGGUUCUACGCAAUGAGAAGGGUGAGCUGAUGGUUGGGAGGAUUGCCGGCGGAAAACAUCUCACAGAUGAUAUCGAGGAUAUUGAUCCAGGGUGUGGGCCUAUCAAGCACGUCGACUGCGACAUGCCGCUCACGCUGACUGAGAUGGUCAACCACGAAGGCAAAGAAUACAUCGUCCUCAGUUUCGCGACUGGCGACAAGGAAAAUCCCUUCAACUGGAAUCCCUGGUACAAGCGCAGUAUCACCACGAUGCUGAACCUCAUGACGCUGUUCAUCGGUCUUGCGACAACGGCAUACAGUUCAGGAAUAAACAGCAUGUGUGAGGAGUUUGGCGUCGACACCAUAUAUGGCCAGCUUGGACUGUUCACGUUCAACAUCUCUUGUGCGAUUGCACCAAUGGUGCUGGCCCCCUUCUGCGAGCUUGUCGGUCGCAAGAUUGUGUACGCCAGCGCUUUUCUGUGCUUCUCGCUCCUCUUCAUUGGUCUGGCACUGGCGCAGGACAUUUCCACCAUUAUCGGACUCCGUCUGCUCCUGGGUCUCUUUGGAUGCGUAGGUACUAUCCUUGUCGGCGGCACCUUUGACGACAUGUACGAACCACAUAAGCGCGGCCGACCCAUGGCCAUGUUCAGUUUCGUAGCCAUCUUCGGUACUGUGGCUGCACCCAUCUACGCUGGCUUCAUUGACCAAGCUCUCGGUUGGCGUUGGGUCGAGGGUAUCCAAGGUCUGGCCAACAUCCCUCUGCUAAUCCUUAUCUUUGUCGUCUUCCCAGAGACCCGUGGUGGCGCCAAGCUCCAUAAGCGCGCAAAACAACUCCAAAAGGCUACUGGUGAUGGGCGCUAUGUCGCUGAAGACGACAUCUACACACCCGACGUCAAGUCGAUGCUUAAAGCUUCCUCCGUCAAGGCUAUCCGCAUGCUAGUCACCGAACCCGUCGUAUUUGCCUUCGGUCUCUGGAUCGCCUUCUGCUGGGCCGUAGUGUUCCUGUUCCUGUCCGUCAUCCCAAUCACCUUCACCGAGAAGCGCGGCUGGAACGAAGGCGUCAGCGGCCUGCCGUACAUCUCCCUCGCCUUCGGCACCGUUCUUGGCUGGGCAGCCCAUCAUCUGCAGAUGGCCAAAUACAACAAGCUACAAGCAGACCCCAACGUCCGUGUUGUUCCCGAGCACCGUCUCUACGGCGCAAUGUUCGGCGCCGUCUGGCUGCCCAUCGGCCUUUUCAUCUACUCCUUUACGCAGUACGAACACCUCAUCUGGGUUGGUCCCGUGAUCGGCCUCGCCCCUAUCGCCUUCGGUAUCUACUUUGUCUUCGAGAGUACAUACUCGUACACUGCCGACUGCUAUGGCGAGACGUCGUCCUCGGCUAUUGCUGGCCAAGGUCUGAUGAGAAACACGCUUGGUGCCGUGACACCGCUUUUCGCGAGCGCCUUCUUCCACAACGUGGGCAGUCAGUAUGCUGGCUUGAUUCUUGCAAUGUUUGGAACGGUGCUGAGUUUGAUCCCGUUCGUCAUGUUCAAGUAUGGACAUUUGUUGCGGGCAAGGAGUAAGCUCGCUAAGGAGUAUUAA